AUGAACAAUGGUGGACUUUUUGGGAACAAACCUGCAGGAACAAAUACAGGGUUCCAAUUUGGCGGUCAACAACAGCAGCAACAGCAACAGCAACCAGCAGGCGGUAAUACAGGGUUGUUUGGACAAAAUACUAAUUCAUUAAAUAAUUCUGGGUCUACUGGCAAUGGGUUAUUUGGAAACAAUCAACAACAAAAACCGGCUACCGGCGGGCUCUUUGGUAAUAAUAACAAUGCUACUGGCACUACUACUGGAGCCACUGGAGGUGGCUUAUUUGGCAAUCAGCAAACCAACACAACUACUGGUGGCGGUCUAUUUGGCGCCAAGCCAUCUGGUGGAUUGUUUGGGAACACACAGCAGCAGCAGCAACAGCAGCAGCCAUCGACAAUAAACACUGGUGGUGGGUUGUUUGGGAACAACAACAAUAAUAGCAAUACUACUACAGGCGGGUUGUUCGGUAACAAUUCCAAUGCUAAUGGUGCUUCUGGCACUUCUGGUGGAUUGUUUGGUGGAAAUAAGGGGCCUGGUGCGACUUCUGGUGGGUUGUUCGGUAAUGCCAACCCUAACGCAUCUACAACUACUUCUAAUGCCGGAGGGCUUUUUGGUUCGAACCAACUAGGGCAAGGGACAAAUUCAUUAUUUGGACAACCUCAGGGGCAACAGCAGCAACAGCAGCAGCAGCAACAAGGUACUUCCUUGUUUGGGUCCUCGGCAUCUAAUACAAUGCAACCAUCGUUCGCCUGGUCAAAUAACCAGCAACAACAGCAACCACAGCAACAACUUCCAUCCGUUCAACAACCACAGCAACAAUUACAAAUUCAGCAACAGCAGCAACAGCAGCAAAUGUCUAACUACCCACAACAAAUCCAAGAACAGAUAUUAAAGUGUAAAGAGUCUUGGCUUCCAACGGAACAAAGAUCGAAACUAAAAACAUUCGUGUACAACAAGUGCACGGAAACAGAAGCCAUGUUGUAUAAUAAACCUGUCAGCAUUUCACAAGAAGAUUGGGAUCAAGCAUUAAUGAGUAAGCCGGCAAACAAUACCAUUCCAAUUAGGUUAUUAGGGUUCCAAGAUUUGAAUGAGAGGAAUCAACUGCAAAAGCAACAUGUGGCUCAAGCGAGAGUUCUGCUGGGCCAAAUUCUAGAGAAACUAAACCAAGUGAACACCAAGCAUGAUCUAGACACACAAUCGAGAAUAGCGAAGGCUGUUUCCCGUAAUACAGUCAUAGAAAACAGAAUUCUCAAACUAGCAUCUCAAUUGGCAGUCUUGAAAAGUAAGAACCUGCCUUUGAGCUUACACGAAGAAGAGAUGAUGAGUAAAUUUGACAAACUACUUCAAGAGAGUAAUGAUCCAGCAGGUCUCGGUAAGAAUAACGAGCUAUGGGCCAGAUUAUCUGUGUUGAAGGAAAGAGCUAAAAAUAUCAGCGAACAACUUGACAGCACCCUAGUAGUAAUUAGCGAAAAUGGCGGAAGUUCUGAUAAUAGUAAGAAGAAUAACCAGGACGAGGAGUUGGAAGACCGAGUUAAUAAGAUUGCGGAGAUUCUAAGUAACCAACAACGUGGUCUAUGCUUCUUGAAUGAUGUACUUGAGAAGGACCUGAAAUUAGUAGACGAAGUUCAAUCAAAACUUAAGAAAUAA